AUGGCAAUCAACAUGAGCGGCAACUUCAUGAAGCUAUUAUUCCACUUUCGGAGGCACGAUUUGCUAGCGUUCGAAGAGGAACACCGCAAGCUGUUCGCAAAAGCUAAGGAAACUGGCGAUCAUGGACCUGUCACUUCGCACUACUAUUCCGUUAUGUCAACAGUUAUUGAUGAAUAUUUCAAUGGGAACUUCCAUUUUGCCGCUCCGAACAAAGGAGAGAAAACGUUGGAAGAGGCAUUGAAGGGACUGCAUAUGUCCAUUAGUGAGCGAUUGGAUUUGAAGCCUGGAGUUAGUUGUAUCGAUAUUGGAUGCGGCAUUGGUGGCGUAAUGAGGGACUUGAAAGAUACUGGAGCUACGCUUACUGGAAUCACUAUCGCUGGAAAUGAGGUAGAGAUUGGAAAUACGGUGUUCCAAAAAUUGGGCAUCAGCGAACGGUGCCGACUUGUCGAGGCGGAUUGCCACGAUAUGCCAUUAGAAAAUGAAACACAGGAUGCAGCCUACGCCAUCUAUUCCCUGAAAUAUUUCCCGCAACUCGACGGUGUUAUGAGAGAGGUUGCCCGGGUGCUAAAAACAGGAGGAAAGUUUGCCGUGUACGACUUAAUCAAGACGGCCAAAUAUUCGGCGGAAAACGAGGAGGACCGAGAGGUAAUCGAAGGGCUCGAAUAUGCCUGCGGGAUGCCCUCGUUGCAUACUCGCGAAGAAAUGGAAACAGCCGCCGAGAGGCAUGGCUUAAAACUGGUGCAUUCGGAGGAUUUGUCGGCGGAAUCGGGGCUGCCAUUCUAUUUUUGUUUCACGCACUCGCCGCUCUUUAUGUGGAUGGUCAAGAGUGCGGCGAUGAAGGCGUUGAUACAAAUGGCUCAGCGGCUCCGCAUUUUGCCCAAAGGCUUCCACGAAUUCAACAACACAUUCCUCUCUGGAACCGUUGAUAAAAUCGUCGAAGGCGGUCGUCGCGGUAUCCUUUCCGGCUCCGAGCUUUUCGUCUUCCAGAAAGCA